GAGUUCCGGUGUCGCUAUCGUCGAGGCAAGUGCUCGCAACCACGGACUCUCAAGAAGAACGGGUCGAUGCACAGCUACUGCGAGCACCACCGCCUGCUCUCGGUCCGCAACCAGCGAGUGUUCGACCAGAAACGCCGACGACAGCGCCAG